CACAUAUUGAAACACUGACAACAAAAGAGCUAAAGUGAAGCAAAAAGGAAACAAUGACCAGUUGCGAAGGUAAGAAUUCAUGGCCGGAGCUUGUGGGAGUGCAAGGGACGGUGGCUGAGGCAACAAUUGAAAGAGAGAAUCCUUCUGUUGAUGCUAUAAUCGUUGAAGACGGCUCGGUUGUCACACCAGACUUCCGUUGUGAUAGGGUUUGGGUUUGGGUCCGCACAGAUGGCACUGUUUCCAAGGUCCCCGUCAUUGGUUAGGACUCAAACGGCUUGCACUACUUGAUGGCUACUACUUAUUAUUAUUCUCAUAGCAAUGUUAUUCUUAUACUAUGAAUUCCUACUCAAAUAAAAUGUUAUUAUUAUUAUUUAAUCAAGUUCAAAGGACCUUUGUGCAUUUGUAUUGCUUAUGAAGUUAACUAAUAAGACUGGUUCUAUAA